AUUCAGUAGUUGGUAAGUGAGACCAGUAGGGGGUCGGAUCGCUUUCCCCUGAUCUCCAGCCUCCAGCUCAAGUUCGGUCUCAGUGCUGCAUGAACGCGCGGCGAGAGAGGGAGGAGGACACUUCCCUCUCCAGCAUCAAACGCGAGGGAUGCGCUUCAUCGCCUUAGGGGACUGGAUGGAUGGAGCGACAGGGUCAUGAAGGUGACCACAACCUCUGGGUUGGAUUUAGGGGGCCGUUACCGCAGAAGGAGCCUAUCCAUAAUUAAUAAGACCGAGUCGGAGAUCCUAGAAGCGAAGCGCAACCACCGGCGAGUCAUGUCACCAACUGACAGCGCUUCCAGAGGAGCUGACGAGGAGGACAAAGGAGGAUGAAGGAGGCAGAGGAGGAUUAUAAUGAAGCUGAGUGGCAAAGGACUGUGCACCAUCGUCUCCAGCAGUCUGCUCUUCGUGUGUGCCGUGAGCACCGUGGUCGUGGGAUUCAAAUGCAUCGCGCUGGGCUCCAGGGUGCGAGCGCACUUCCACCUGGGCACCGCGGCCGGCGCGUUCUACUCGGGCAUCCUGGUGGCGCUCGGGCAGGUGCUGAUGGGGGUGGCGCUGGUCUUUUGCCGGGGCAAGCCCAGGUGUGCGAAUUUCUUCCUCUUUGGGAUCUUAGUGUUUCUUCUGGGGGUCCUCACGGCGUUCUCGGGCGCGGUGGUGGAUGGCGACACGGUGUCCCUGGUGGAGAGGAAAUACGCGCACUAUUGCCUGGACUCUGUGGAUGUAAACCCGGCGUGCGACGGGCUCAAGGUGUACCAGCGGGGGCUGGUGGUCUCCACCGUACUUAACACUCUGGAGUGCCUCCUGGGGCUGAUGAACCUAGUUAUCAUUAAGCGCUACCAAGCGGAGCGGAUUCUCCGGAGACGCCGGACGCAGCGGCGGAGCGCGCGGAUUAUCCUGAACGAGGAGCGCGACUUCGCGGUCACGGAGUUCCAGCCGGUGUCCUACAUCAACCUGGGGGUGUUUCACGCGCUGGACGAGGCGGACGGGGAGGUGCAAAGCAGGGGCCACCCGUGCAUGGAGCUCCCGGGCUAUUCGCCCACCAAUCCGGAGCUUAAUCACUCAUACCCGUUCUCUUACCCGCUUCACAGCGAGUUGCCACCCGCCUACGAGGACAUAUUCCCCGGAGAAGAGAGCAGCAAAUAGCAAAGGAACCGUUUUGCAGUGACAAUCACGCUGAACUUGGAAUUGACGCGUUUAUUUCGAGUUGCCUAAUGCACUUUUUAUUCGCUGGAGGUUAUACACUCGAAACCCCACAGCUGUGCAUAUAAACUACAAAACGAACAGGAUUAUGUGCAGCAUUUGUUUUUCUGACCCUCCUGACUGACUGAUUGUAUUCUCGGUUCAUCCCAUGUCAAAAUCCCAAAGUAUUCCAGCAGGGCACAAAACUAACAGAAGUUACCAACUGAGCAAAAAAAGAACAUAUGAGAAGGUAAACGUAAUAGAAGUAUGCAUUAUUUCAGUUUUUCUGAUUGAUUGUAUUCCCAGUUCAUCUCUAGUCAAAAAGGUUUGUGUACAGGAUUCUUAUGGAAUUUUUUGUUAUAAUUGGACCUGUUUUACAGUAUUCCAGCAGGGCACAAAAUGAAAAGAAGUUACCAACAUAUGAGAAGGUAAACGUUAUGGAAGUAUGCAUUAUUUACAUGCAACAUUGUAUUUCUUUUUUUAAACCUAAUCAAUAGAUUGUGUUUCAAUUCACCCCUAAUCAAAGUCCUAAAAAUUGUGUGUGUGUGUGUGUGUGUGUUAUGAUUUAGAACCAAUCAUAAAUUUGUCAUAGUAUUCCAACAGAAAACAAAACAAGAACAAGUUCCCAGUUGGACUAUUACAAUUACCAACAGGAUAAAAUGUCCCUGAAAGGCCUGAAAUGAGACGUCUCAUGAUUUGUUUAUAAUCUUUUCAUCUCUGAUGUUUCAGACUGUUGGCGACAUUAAAAUGACAAGCAUUACCCAUCAGACAGAAAGCUUCUGCUGGCCAGCGUUUGGAUAUGAUUAAUGUUUCUCCAUCGUGUUGUUCCAGAGUAAUAGGAGAACACGUUUAUCUGAAACACAUUUUAUGUCAGGUUCUGGAGUUGUAUGGUUCUCCUCUAGUCUAGUUUAUUCCGGCAACACUUAAAACCUGCUGGCGAUGAAGUAAAGAGUGAAAUAAUUAUUAUUUAAAUGUUUUUUGACCAUCAUGACUGAGUCCUAGUCCUACAGAAUUCCAUUUGGAAUGUCUGUUAUAUUAUUCACUGUAAAAAGUAAGUUACCUGGUUCACUGAAAUUAAAAAUUUGAGUUAAUACAAUGAAGGUGAUUGAUUUAAUCAGCAGAAACUCAAAAUAUUAUGUUUUCUGAACUGCAUUAAUUAUCUAAGUUGAAUUGACAAAAGAAAAAAUGUUGAAAUAACAAUGAAUGAAAAUAUGUUUUUACAGUGUAUUGGAAUGUCUGUUAUUUGACAUCAUUCCAAUAGAACACAAAACAAAAAGACUUUCCAAAUAUGCAAUACACAAUAGAUAUAAUAUUAUUCUGUAUUUUUAUUAUUAAUAUGCCAACAGAAUAAAAUGCUCAUGUAGGACAUUAAAGAGCACGCAUCACUAUAUUUUCUGUUUUCAUUUAUUUCGGUUAAUGUUUUAGUAAUUUUAUUGUGUUUUUGUCACAAAUAGUUUUUAUUCAUUUUUAUUUCAGCUUACAUCAAACUAGAUGAAAAUGUGAAACAUUGCAUUGGCAACUGAAGUAAAUUAAGUUUAAUGUUUUGUUAUAUUUCAUUUUAUUUCAGCUAAAGUUUAUUUCAUUUCAAGUGAUGAAAAAAACACUUUACUUAAAGCCUUCAUGUGCAUACAUUAUAAUGCAUUAUAUCUUCUCAUAAGUAAUUGUAACCAAAGUUAGAAUGCAUUAUAAUAUUUGCAGAUUCCUUGUUUUAAUGCAUUAUGCUUUCUAAAGGUGAAACGAUGAAUGGAUAUGUUUUAUAAUCUGUUAUAGUUGCAAUUAUUCAUGAGAUCAUAGAAUGCAUUAUAAUUUGCAUCACUAAUAAUGUAUUAAAAUCUAGUGCAUUAUAAAGGCUGUUACCACUUUUCUGUAGAUUUAGUUAACUCUAAUAACCCUGCUGUCCAGUAGCAACAAAUCCAAUCAAAUCCAAGAAGCAAACAAAACAGAAAAUUGCUUUUUUUAGACUUUUAGGAUUGGCACUAAAUUAUGAUUGAAAUUUCAUUGGGAAUCCUGCCUUUUUUGACUAGGGAUGCCCGUGUAGUUUCUCUGUGUCUCUAUUGUUUUCCCUCAUAUUGCUUACGUUCAGCUUCUGAAUAAAAGGUGUAUUUACUCUC